UGGGCACAGACUGGCACAACCGCUGGGCACAGACUGGCACAACCGCUGGGCACACUGCUGGGCGCACAGGUGGGCAGAACUUGUGUGUGGCACUGCUGGGCACCGAUCAUCAGGGCACUGAUGAUCAGUGACCCUGAUGAUUGGUGCCGAUCCCCGCUCUGACAACUGCCGGUUUUCAGCAGUACUUUCCUCACGAUCUGACAGCGUGAGGAAAGUGCAGCCGAGAACCGGCAUUUGCAUUUCCCAGUGAUCAGC